AUGCCCCAUAAACGUGCUAAGCGGUCUGUACGGGAGCGAGAAAAAGUAAACAAAGGUGUAGAUUUGCCUCCACCUACGUCCUUAGUCACAGAAAAAGUCCCCAAAACAGCCUCUCGUAUCUUGAAUGCCGAGAAAAUUAGACAGGAGUACAGAGAGAGAAAACGGAAGGUUGUGGAGGAUGGUGAUGCCGGCAAGCCGCAGCGGAAGAAGAGUAAAAAGGAAGUUAAUCCGAAGGAGUAUCAAAAUGACGAACCUGUGUUGAAAAUCAAAACCGGUGAAACUAUUGCCCAAUUCAACAAGAGAGUAGAGAAGACUAUGUUACCCGCCAUCAGGUCAGCAAUACACUCGUCGUCGUCACAAGCCAAGAACGUGAAUCAAGCCCAAGCAGAAGAAAAGGUAGUAAGGAAGGAUAACAGCACCAGUGCCCGCCAUCCGACUCGGGGCCACAAAGAGGAAGCAAUGACAUUGGGGCCAUCGCUUCUUCAAAAGACGCCACGAAAUGCUUCUGAGAAUAUCAAAGAGUUUCAGUCGACGUCGACGUCCGCGCCUCGUCGCCUCAACGAUAUCGCCCAGGCACCACCUGAAUUCAAAAAACUUCCCCGCGGAGUGAGUGGGGACGCUGGUAUGAACAUUAAAGGGAAAUCGCAGGGUGUUCUUAGUAUGGCACAAAAGUUGAUGAUGGAGGAGGAAAGAGAAAAGGCGAUUCUACGUUAUCGCGAAAUGAAAGCAAACAAAGCGAAAUUAGACGGUUCUGUGAGGGAGAGGGGAGAUAUGUAG